AUGUUGUACAAUCCUCAGCGACUCCCUCGUAUUCGUUCUCUCAUACAGCCCUUUCUCGAUUUCACCCACGUCACUACCAACCCACCCCCCUUUUAUCACUCGAUAUGGCUAGCAGAGAUCCGUCCUGCAGCUCUUCCUGCUGGCCAUACAGAUACUUACUGUCCGCAUCCAGGCCGUGACUGGAUCAGGGAUCUCAACAACUACUUGCAAAGUACCGGGCAGGCUGCGGACUUGUGCUGGUGCAUAGACGCUACGGAUCAGUACAACACGGGGACCAUCUAUGUUACUGCGAAGUUGGGCGGAGUGCCCAUCGCGAGUGGAGAAGGAACUACCAGGAGCGCUGCAAAGUCCAAGGCGGCGCAGGCAUAUCUGACCAGUAUCGGCCUUUAA